UUCAUUUGAACGCAAUGAAAUAAAUGUCCGUGAGCCAGAAAGCUUUUGCAUUCGUCUUUGAACAUCGCAAAAUGAUGUUCUUAGUUUUGUUACUGUUGGGGACGUCUGUUUCAGGACAACUCCAAUGUGGCUUCACGCCCAUCCCUCAAUCACGUGUCAUUGGAGGUCAAGAUGCGAAGCCUGGGGCUUGGCCAUGGCAGAUCGCAUUACAACGAUAUGGCAGCUUCAUCUGUGGAGGAUCUCUCAUUUCUGAAAAUUGGGUAGUUACCGCUGCCCAUUGUGUAGCAGGCAGCUCAAAUCCUGCCAAUUACAGAAUAGUUGUUGGUGAUCACAAUCGGAAUGUGAACGAAGGAACAGAGGAGUCUGUUGGCGCCGCGCAAAUCAUUUCUCACCCUCAAUACAAUAGUCCCAGUCAACUUAACAAUGACAUCGCCCUGAUUAAACUCUCUACGUCUGUGAAGCUCUCUGCCAGGGUGAACCCCGUGUGCCUACCGUCUAGCGACUCAAAUGUACCCACAGGAUCAAAAUGUUACAUUACAGGCUGGGGAAAGAUUAAGCAUCCAGGAGGAUCUCAUCCUAUUUUACAACAAGCCAUGAUGCCGCCUAUCGAUCCAGCAAAGUGUAGGCAGAAGAUUCAAGCAAGUGGAGUCUCAAUAACGUUAACUCCGCAAAUGUUGUGUGCGGGCGUGGACAAUUCCAUUUUAAGUGGUUGUCAUGGUGAUAGUGGAGGACCGUAUGUGUGCUUGAAUGCGGAUGGGAAUACAUAUACCUUACAUGGUGCAGUCAGCUGGGGUUCUUCCAGAUGCGAUGCUAAACAACUUUUUACUGUGUUUGCCCGAGUGACACAGUACCGAGCGUGGAUCAAACAGCACACUGGGAUUAGUGGAGGAGGAGGGCCACCACCCUCUCCUCCCAUACCAACCACGUCAGGAUGCGGCGGUUCACCAACUCCUUCACUGGCCCCCGAGUGUUCAAACUACCAAGUCCUGAGCGAAAAUGACCGUAACACAGGCUACAAAGGAGCUAUCAAAUGUGACCGGCCGUUGCCAGCCGGAAAACGCUGGUACAGGUUUCAAGGAGGUGCAGGCACACAAAUGCCAACAAAGUGUGUGCCUAGAUAUUAUUGCGGUACCCAUGCACCGGGCUGGCUGAGUGACGCACAUCCUACAGUGGGCGAGGGAGCCGUCCAACGCAAAGUAUGUUUCCAUUGGACAUCAGGCUGCUGUCAAUGGUCCAGUAAUAUUAACGUUCGUAACUGUGGUGGUUUCUUUGUGUACGAGUUGGUUGAACCACCAGGAUGCAGCAUGCGAUACUGUGGAGAGACAUUUCAAGGAGGCUCGCCACCACCCCCAUCAACGCCACCUCCAGUCAUUUUUGCUUGUUCCAACUACAAAGUCUUGAACGAAAGUGACCGUAUAACAACUUACAAAGGGUCCGUCAAAUGUGACAGCUCACUUGGAAAAGGCUGGUACAGAUUCGCGGGAGAUGCAGGCACACAGAUGCCAACUAAGUGUGUACCUAAACUUCAGUGUGGUACCCAUGCACCGGGCUGGCUGAGUGGCGCACAUCCCACAGUGGGCGAGGGAGCCGUUCAACGCAAAGUGUGUUUCCACUGGUCAUCAGGCUGCUGUCAGUGGUCCAGUAAUAUUUUGGUUCGUAACUGUGGUGGUUUCUUUGUGUACGAACUGGAUCGGCCACCAGCCUGUAGUCUGCGAUAUUGUGGAGAGAAAACUCAAGGUUGUAGUUCAUCAACGCCUCCACCUCCAGGACCAACAACACCUGUUAACGCACAAGAAUGUUCCAGUUACCAAGUCCUUAAGGAUUUCGACCGUGCCAAAGGAUUUCAAGGAGGAGCCGUCAAGUGUGACCGCUCUGGUUUUGUUAAGGCCUGGUACAAGUUUGAAGGAGGCGCCGGUGACAAAAUGCCUGAUGCCUGUGUACCAACGAGUCGUUGUGGCACACAUGCUCCAGGCUGGCUUAGUGAUGGUCACCCUGCAGUGGCUGAUGGGGCUGCCUCCCGUAAAGUGUGUUUUCAUUGGAGUGGAAACUGCUGUAGAUGGUCUAGGAACGUUCGCGUCCGUAACUGCGGAAACUUCUACGUCUACGAGCUGCCACCAACAGAGUAUUGUUCUUUGCGGUACUGCGGAAACAGGGAGCGAGCAACACCAAUACCUCCCACGGGCUCUCCACCCUCACCGGGUGUUUGCGGAGUCCGUCCUCACUCCAGAAUUGUAGGCGGUGUCAAUGCCAAACACGGAGAUUGGCCGUGGCAGGUUCAGCUGCGCACAAAGGGUGGUUUCCCCUAUUGCGGUGGAUCACUCGUCGAUCCUGAAUGGAUUGUAACUGCUACUCAUUGCAUCGAAGGAAAAUCACCCAGCUCCAUUGUCAUAAGACUCGGCGCCCACCGACGUGUUAAUGUGGUUGGAACUGAGCAGGACAUUCCAGUUAUCAAAGUAAUUCCACAUCCGCAAUAUCACCAACCGUACCGAUACAGCAACGAUAUCGCCUUACUGAAACUGGAGAGACCAGCUCAAUUAAACAGGUAUGUGAACCUGGUUUGUCUUCCCCAAUCUGUUCCUGCACCAACCGACGGCACCAGAUGCUGGAUCACAGGCUGGGGCCGACUUGCUUCCGGGGGUGCUACUCCAGACUAUCUUCAGCAGGUGCAGGUCCCGGUGGUCAGUUAUGCUCGUUGUAAUGGAGCCUACCCAGGAAAGAUUCAUGACUCCAUGAUCUGCGCAGGCCUGGACCAGGGAGGAAUAGAUUCCUGUCAGGGGGAUAGUGGGGGACCGAUGGUCUGUGAGACUGGAGGAAGGUUCUAUCUGCAUGGCGCCACCAGCUGGGGUUAUGGAUGUGCCAGCCCUGGAAAGUUUGGCGUCUACGCGAAAGUGAAGUACGAGUUGAACUGGCUUAACUCUGAAAUGUCCAAAAACUAGUAAAACCGACAACAGCCCCAUGGGGAUAUUUAAUAUUUAAAAAGAUUAAUAAGAGGGUUUAAUUUGGGAAAUAUUACUCACGCAGGAAAUAUCAUAGAUAUUGUAGAAUGAUGGGUCAAUAAAAGCAAUGGACAGAAA